AUGGUUUUGAGUCUAGGAAACAUAACCUUUUUGACGUCAUCGCUAGAAGCGGAAAUUUAUCACCACUUUGGAGAGAGCCGAUCGCUGUACGAACAAACAUGGGAGUUUGAAAUUUCAAAGUUCUCUGGUUUUCAAAAUUUAUGUUCCGCUUCGAAUACUGAUCAUUCGUCACAACGUCCACCAAGUACCCACUGCCGUCCCAGAGACCAAGAUACUCUGCCAAACAGUCACCGUAGCGACCAUAAUAAUCAUGACGAUCACUCAAGCAAUCACCCAAAUCAUAACGAGGAAGUCAAGUCAAUACAUUCUUCCAAUCACUCACCAGAACCUGCGCCAAGGGAACACUUUCGGGUCAAACAACCAAGUUUUGAAUGUCCAAGCUUACAUCUGGGUAGCGACGGCAAUCAUACUGAUGAUGAAGAUCACUUAAGCCAUCACUCAGAUCAUAACGAAGAUGUCAAGUCAAUACAUUCUUCCAAUCACUCACCAGAACCUGCGCCAAGAGAGCACUUUCGGAUCAAACAACAAAGUUUUGAAUGUCCAAGCUUACAUCUGGGUAGCGAUGGCAAUCAUACUGAUGAUGAAGAUCACUUAAGCCAUCACUCAAAUCAUAACGAAGAUGUCAAGUCAAUACAUUCUUCCAAUCACUCACCAGAACCUGCGCCAAGAGAGCACUUUCGGGUCAAACAACCAAGUUUUGAAUGUCCAAGCCUACAUCUGAGUAGCGACGGCAAUCAUACUGAUGAUGAAGAUCACUUAAGCCAUCACUCAGAUCAUAACGAAGAUGUCAAGUCAAUACAUUCUUCCAAUCACUCACCAGAACCUGCGCCAAGGGAACACUUUCGGGUCAAACAACAAAGUUUUGAAUGUCCAAGCCUACAUCUGAGUAGCGACGGCAAUCAUACUGAUGAUGAAGAUCACUUAAGCCAUCACUCAGAUCAUAACGAAGAAGUCAAGUCAAUACCUUAAACCUUCGACACAUCUCUGAUCAGAUUGAACAAAUUACCCAAAGAUUCUUAGCUUAUCAUAAAAGAUCUGCUUCGGUUGUAAAUCUGAAAUAAUUUAUAACUAAUAAACAAUGUGUAUUGACACAACAAUGGUAGGAGGUAAUGUUUAGUUGUGUGAAUCGUUGAAAAUGUUAUAAAACGCUUUUUGUAGAAGAAUGUACCUACAUUUCCAUUCCUUUCUAGAAAAUAUUCAACUGAAUUCCAUGGUCACCACACAGUCGAGCCUGCAAGCAGGCAACUGAGUGGCGUGGUUGCAACUAAUCCAAAAGGCGUGGUUGCAAAAAUUUUCCCAUCCUUUGGAUAUUAUGUCCAGAUACAUCUAAAUUUAUUCUUAGGAAAUAUAUAGAUAUAACUUUUCUUACUGUUGGACAUUAUACGACGUUUAUACUCCAGGGCCUCCGACCAAGGAGGGGGGUGGCGGUGCCAUGGCUUUCUUUAAAAUAAGAAUAUAGAGCUUUUUAAAAAUCUUUUGUUAUGCUUGUUAAAUUUUUCCAUGCUGUCCCCCAUUUUCCAACCAGCGUCGGAGCCUAUAUACACUGACGACUGUCGGUUGGCAAAUUGCUAGUGUACAUGUACACUAGUUCGAUGGUGAACAAAAUGAUUUUGGGCUUUCUCUAUCGGAGGGGCACAGAACAUUUUUCACAACAUUGAUGAAAAUGACUUCAAACUAUAACCCGCUGGAAUGAUAUUUUAAUCAUACAGAAGAAAAUUGAGACUAGCUUUUCGACGCUGAAUAGUUUUUAUAACUUUUCAGGAAAAAUUCAAUGGCCUUUGCAACAGCUUCGUUUUUUUCUACAUGAAUAUGUUAUCUGCAGUUUUAAAUAUAUAAAGCUUAAAGAUAAUUAACAGAAUUGGGCUGUCGUUAAUCAGUGGAGCAAUGAAAAGCCAGGCAAACAAGGCAAUGCGGUACCUGAUCUCAGGACGAGAGUCAUGAACAAGCCAACAAAUUUACAAAUAAAAAGGUUCUACUCGUUAGUAUAUAAUAACCUAUGAGGUAGUAGUAUGGUGAAUCAAAAGCUAGAUACAAUUCAUCAAUUAUAAAUUUCAAUUUUUUAAUUAUCAAUUUUUAAAGACGUGAAUGGCAAAGAAGGAAAACUUUCGUAAAUUCUUUAUUGUGAAUUAAUUGACAAUUGGGGAUAAAUAUUAGAUCAACCAAGAAUAUAUUUGACAAUAUUUCUCGUUGGUAUGUAACUAUCAUUUUGUUAUGUUUGUGAUUGUGAUUAUGAUCAAAGAAAGUGUAGUAUGUGUUAGGUAUGCAGACCUCCCUAGAAUUUUUUGUGCCUGCGAGCACAAACUACUUUGUAAAAGAUAUCUGCGAGCUUGUUUUCAUAUGUAAUGCGUAGGAUAUAAAAUUGUUUAAUAUAAGACACAUAAAGUAAGUUUUAAUAACGCAAAGACCAGUAAAUUUUCAAAGAACUACUUGAACAGAAAAUUACUUUAGAAUGACGAUGGUUUUAUCAACAAAAAAUAGGAUUAUAGAGUUUAAACAAGCUUUAGCUUACGACAAAAAGGGAAAAUUUGCAGCAAUUGUGUCCUUUAUUCUAUUUGAGCAAUGAACGAAAUGGCAGUCGGCUAUAUCGCUUGGUAUUGUUUGAUACUACUGUUAAGGAUGCUUUCAGCUUUUUUCAUGUUUGGAUUAUUAACAGCACUCACAACUUUCAUCUCUUGCACGCUCCACCCAGAUUGGUAGUUUGUCCUAAAAUUUUUUACACGGAAGGCUUCAAUCAAUGACUUGCUGCAGCCAUGCAAACAGAAUAAAGAAUCAUAAGAAGAUUUCUGGACAUCUUGUUCUUGCUGUUAGGAUAAUCUAUUAAUCCCCUUUUUGCUACAUAAAUCACAUAAAUACAAAGCGGUAAAGCUUAAUAUUAACAUAGUGAAACUUGAAGCUGAAUUGCUUCUCUAAAUUCUUAAACAAUUUAAGACUUUGAAAAAGACUGCUAUUUCAGAUGUGCCUGCAGACAUAAUUUGAUUGGCAUGGUUUGCCUGCAAGCACUGCUCACACAUUUAAGCAAGGCCUGUAGGUAUGUGCCAAUG